GCAGGAGAUCGAGUCACUCUAAGGUAAGGUUUUUCCUUCAAGUAUUAUUACUUUUUUGAAGAGGCAUAAAAUUGUACGCUUUCUGAUAGUGAAAAUUAUUUACGUAGUUAUUAAGUUAAAAACAACAAAAAGCAGAUUGUAGUGAAUUUAAAAAACUACGGCUUUAUCUAGUUAAAAUGUUAUAAUAGAAACAAUUUUUAAAGCAAGCUUUUUAUUUCAAUGUCAUUUUCACAAAUUCAUAUCAAAAAAACAAACAGGAUAUAAAUUAACGUUUAACGAGUGUUUGGAAUUAGAUGCAAGACUCCUCAUUCCUUUGUCCAAUAGAUUCUAGCCGUUUUGUCUUUGUUUCACCACACAAAGUUCUGCCGCGAGGUUCUGCUCUUUACACUUAUUAAACAUUUUCUGCAAAAAAGUACCCCCUUUCUUACACCAUUCACUGAAAUUAAAAUAGUGCCUCUUUGACAUAGCUAGCAACAUGAAGUCUUUUUUUUUUCUUUGUUCCCUUUUCGGGCGGAGCCUCCCAAGGUAUAAUUUUGUCCGCAACGGAACGCCAUACCCAAGAGAGGCCAUUAAAGGAAAUCCCCCAUCCUCCGUGAGAAACACUCAAGUCUCAUGCUUGAUAUAAUUAUUAUUUCCGUCAUCAUUUAUUAUCAACAGAGCAAACGCGCAGUAACAAGAUGGCAAAAGUGCAUCGGGUGUGGUCACUAACAAGUCAACGUUUCUUGGAGUUACAGAUCAAUACAUCAAAUACAGGUAACCAAGCAUCUAGUAAUUGACAAGUAUUUUCUUUUCCUUUUAUAUCUUUUAAUUUGUCAAAUCCACAUUCAAUAUACUGACUAAAUGCAGCUGUCGCUAAAAGAAACGAGGGGAAAAUUCCUCUAAACCAAUUUUCUCUGGUCAAUCCGCACUUAACCACGCCGUGGAAAUCUUGAAGAAGGGUGAGGUUGUCACAUUCAAAAUCUCAAGCGUGCUCUUUGAUUCUUGUGUUGUUAAAAUUGCCUUUUGUUACCUUUAAUCUUUCUUGCACCAGACCCCGUCCACACUAAUCAGGAUACUUUUGAAAACGCAUUUUUAGACGGAAGUGCCUUCCGUUCACAUGAAACCAGUGAAUCCGCACUUAAUUCGUGUAAUUGUUGUUUCAGAAACAACCGGAUUCUUGUUGAAGGGACAUCAUUCGACGGUUUUUUUUGUUGCAUGUCGUGAAUACCCACGGUAUCAGCUCUAUAUUGCUUCCGCCUCGAGAGCCUCACUUCUUCUCCCACCUGACUCGUUGCCGAUAAUCGUGGUAUUACCCCCCCCCUCCACCUCCCAGAAAAUGGGCACAAACAACCUUUAAUUUUAAUUUUUAUUAUUAUUAUUGUUGUGCUCUUGGUUGUUUUUUGUGCGUGCUCCAUUCAUCAAACUCUAUAUACAUAAAUCCACAUAACAAUUAUGAUUCAUUUCUAUUCAGACCUUGCAGAAGUCAAGUCGAGCAAAAAAGAGGGGGAAGGAAAUUUGGGUGAGACGCACUUAUGAUGUUAUUUUUUUAUUUAUUGUUCAUUUAAUAUUUCUAUAAUAUAGAUCUUUAUUAUCUUUUUAUAUACUUAUUUAGUGUGAUUUUCCAAAUCCACAAUAUUUAAUAUACUGUAAAACCAGCCUGUUAAAUUCAGUUAGUCAAAAGACUAAUUUUUCAGCACUUCUAGUUUAAUUUUGUUAAUGAUACUAUCCUAGAAAAAAGUUCCCACAAAAUACAGAAUAAAAUGAAAUUUUAACCGUAGGUUGACAGCGCAUUUUUUUCUUCCUGCGACCGGGGGAGGGGGGGGGGGCACCAGAGGCUCCCCUUUAUAACUUCAAAACCUCUCAUGCUAAGGCCACCAAAAUAACACAGAACAAAUAACUCGCCAUUUCCAGCUUCCGGGUAUAUUUUGAUUGGCACAGUAACGUAUAUCUGGCGUCAUUAUGACGUAAUAUGGUUGGAUUUAGUGCCAGAAUCCACAUUUCCCCUAAAUUAAACAUGGAGCGGAAAAUACUUUAAUAGUAAAGUGUUUAAUAAAAUCGAGAAGUUGGCUUACAUAUAAAUAACCUUGAACAAUGGCACUGAUGUCAUGAUGGCGUCAUUUACUACUAAAUAAAAUUAACUAUCUUGGAUCCGCCAUUUUGAAUUAUUUAAAUGUAUUUCAUUUUCCUUAAAACCGCUAUAAAGCGAAGAAUUUUUAAUAGAAAACUUGAUCCGAGUAUAAAGCGAUGCUUAGGAAGCCAAAAAUCUGCAGAAGAUGCAAUUCCGAGAAAAAAUGAAAACUGUUGAAAAUUAAACUCAGCAUAUGCCAUUUGAUGUUAAAUCUUUUUUUUUCCUAAUAAAACUAGUCACCAAAACCCCUGAAUUUCAUCAACAGUGACAAUAACUUUUAAUUAAUUAAAUAACAGUAUAUUUAAGAGUGAUAUAAUAAUUCCAGAAAUAAUUCUAGAUACUAUUAUUUUUAAUUAAUCGAAAUGAACAGGAGCCUAUGAGAUGAAAUGACUUGUAAAUAGUGCUUUGAACAAAUAGUUUUUUUUUCUGCAGCUAAAUUAAUUGUUCAUAGGUUUUAAAACAGUGAAACCUGUAUUAAGCGGACACCGUCGGGGAAUGCAGUAGUGUCCGCAUAAUAAAGGGUGUCCGCCUAAUACAGGUUUCGAUAGGUAACGUCAAAUGAGGUGUCAAAUGCCAUACAAAUGACCAGUGGAAACGUUUAGAGUACUCCCAGAGACUAUGACGAUAUAAGUUUGCAUUAAUUUCUUUAUCAAAGUGGACCAAUUGAUCAUACUACCAUAAAAAUAGAUUGCAACUCAAAUUUGAAGAAAUCAAUGAGUGAAACAAGCUCUAAACAAACAAAACGAAAUAUAGAAAACAAUACUGUACUGUGCAGCUAAUCAAGUAAGUUCGUCAAGUCACGUGUUUUAAUGUAAAAAUCGAAAAAUUUGUGGGUUGCAAUUCGAGGCAUUCUUUUACCGGUGUCUAGCAUGUUGGGUGGUGGAAUUUAAUUACAAGUGUCUGUUUAAUACAGGUUGACAACAAUAGAAAUGACCAUUUCAGGUACUUUUUAGGUGUCCGUAUCCGCUUAAUACAGUUGUCCGCUUCAUAAAGGUUUCAUUUAAAAAAAAAUAAGGGAAAUAAAUUUGGGGACUUUGGCUACUGUCCGCUUAAUAGAGGGUGUCCGCUUAAUACAGGUUUCACUGUAGUUAGCUUUGUUGUUAAUAAAAGGUUAUUAUUAUUAUUAAAAAUAAUAAUAAUAAUUCCAUAGGUAAAAAUAGAAUUUAAACCUAUUUUUGAGAAACAAAUGCAAAUUAUGAAAAACAUGGCUGCCAAAACUUGGUUGCCAUGGUAACAUCAAAGUUGACGUACACGUAACGACGACGUUUAAAAUGAUCCCAGUUAAUUUUUAGGGAAAGUCGCUAAGUUUGGUGGUCAAAGCUUGAUCGGUUUUAAAGUUAAUUAAAUUUUUCGCGAUGGGGGCUCUAACAGCCUGAAUCAGGUUAAAUGAAAGAAGUACAGAUUUAGUGGUCUAUUCGUUUACGACUCAUUGGUGAAUUCAUGUUGUGCAAUCAAGGGCUUGUUUCCUCGUAUAUUUUCAUCAAUGAAAACUCGGUGUUAGUAGAAGUAGUAUUUGAAGCUGUUGAUAUCAGCAGUCUUACAUUGUAACAUUGUUUUGGUAAGUUGUUACACUCAGUCAAACUUCAACAGUGUCUUUCUCUGGAAAGCACGGCAUUUACUUAUUUUUCUCUUUAAUUAAGGUAAAAUAACCUUCAGAACCGGCACAAGGUCACCAAAGAAAUCAUAUCACUUGGUAUUUGAAGAGGCAACAAAUGAUCGUAAUUACAGCCUUGAAAUUGAUGACGACGACGAAUUAUCAGUGAAGGUUAGACACAAUUUCGUCCUAAUAGUUCGUUUUGAAAAAUUUUUUCGAAAGCACACCUACUCUUUCAAAAUAAGAAAAAUAUAGUACACUAACAAGUAUAAGUAAUUAAAGUUACUGUCCUUGAGAACACACAGGGUAGGUAAGUUGUUCUAAUAAAAUAGAACAUGCCUAAAGGCCCGGGAAAUUAUAAGGAUUUGGACAAAACGCAAGUGAAAUUAUUCCCUAAUUUCACGAGCAUACCAUUUGAUUAUCUAUUAAUAUCAUGGGUGACGAAUUACCUUAGCAAUCGAGGAUUUUUGACUUGUUUAUCCUGCAUCGUAUCGAUCGAUCGUGAACUCCACUCUCUCAAACGUCUAGAGCUGACAUUUGGAUUAAAUUUUCAGAAUUGUUCGACAACAUACCUCUAAGAAUCCUUCUUGAAGUGCUCUUUCGUGUGUUCAGGUCUUCUAAAGCGUCUUUUUAUGCCCUGACAUCUUCAUUCAUGACAUUUUAAAACUUCGUCGCCAUCUUGAAACGGAGACGUACGGCAGGUUGCCAUGGCAAUUUAGUAAUUUCACAUGUGAAAUUACAAAUUAACGCUGAAAUUUCGCGCCAAAAUUAAGGAGUAAUUCGUCACCUAUGAUAUUAUCGUCAUAAUCUCAAUGAUAGAAUGCGAAAUCACUUUAAUCAUAAAAUUUCCAAUGCAGUCUCUGGGUUCUGCACGGGUACAAUUAGAAAUUCUUCACUCACUAUAAAAUGCUCAAGCAAGCGACGGUGGGCUUUGAUCUACUGUACAUUAUUUCAGAAUUCCAAAUUAAUCAGAUUGAAAUUGGAUUUUUUUUUUCUCAACAGGGUUGGAAUAAGGACACGCCUCCUAAUCCCCCUUUAGAAUUUCAACCCCAUUCAAAAAACAGUGAGCCUUUCACCUGUCUUAUUGCAUUGAAGCCAUCUUGGACAGAAAAAACAGCCACAGAAAAUUCAUUCCUCCUUGCUUCGAGUAGCGAUGGGAAGUUGUCACUGAGACCAUAUCACCCUUUGGAUGAGCAUCACCCGGAUGAGCUCUUUCUUCUAACAUAUGUCUAGAUAGAACGUUUAAAACAACUACACAAGCUUAAACUCAUUUAUGACAGGCGCGUACACAGCAAAUUUGACCAUUGACCACACAUUUUAAAAAAAUUAUAUCUCCACUGUUAUUUACCAUAGCUUAAAACGUUAUACCUCAUUUGAAAGGG